AUGGCAGCAGCCUUGGCUAACGAUUCGCCAAAAUAUCGGAACAGUCUGAUAUGCUGCAGCCCUCGGAGUGUGGAGGAAUCAAUAUCAUCAUCUUCCACGUCCGGUUGUGUAUCGGCAGACGAGAGCAUCGACUCCAAUUACAUUCCAAAAUCAAUAGCAAACAAAAAACUUAAAAUCCACAGUACAGCGACGCGCGAAGAGAUCGAAAAGGCGAUAAUCCAAUGCAAAGAGCUUGUUUUAAGCAGCCCCCAGUGCUCCGAUGAACGUAAAUGGUUAGUCCGAUAUUUAGUUGAACUAAGAUUACGACUUGAGGACUUAAAAGACUCAGAUGGACAAAUAAGAAGCAAAGUAACAAUUAAAGGACACCAUUUUGAGCAACAAACGAAUAUAAGCAAUAGAAAACAGUACUGUGAUCAUUGUAGUGGUGUUAUUUGGAGUAUAGUUCAAAGCUCUUACAUAUGCACUGACUGUGGAUAUGUGUGCCAUUAUAAAUGUGUUGAUGAUGUAUGUAGAGUGUGUGCCCAUGUUGUUAUGACAGAAAAGGGGCAGUUUGAAAUGCAUAUUUGCCCGGAAAAGGGACUCGCCGCCCAAGAUUAUAAGUGUGCUGAGUGCCAAACAACACUUACAUUUAAAGACUCGUGGAAUGAGCCUAGAUUGUGUGACUACACAGGCUUGUAUUUUUGUACUACAUGUCAUUGGAAUGAUCUAUUGGCUAUACCUGCAAGAGUUAUACAUAAUUGGGAUUGGGACAAGCGAAGUGUAUCUCGGAUUGCUUAUCAAAUGCUGUCUAUAUCUUGGACGCGGCCAUAUGUAGAUGUUGAGAAUGUUAAUUGCAAAUUGUUUAGCUUCAUAGCUGAACUGGAAUGGGUGCACAAAAUGCGCAAAGACCUAGAAUGGAUGAAGAGAUAUUUAUGUGCUUGUCCUGAAGGUACAAGUCUCCUGUCACCACUAUUUGUACAACUUGGAGAUGUGAAUAAAAAGUAUAGUAUGUCCCACUUACAAGCAAUCAAUGAUGGAAGUUUAGAAACACAGCUGACUGAGUUGACAGAGAUCUGUAGAGCUCAUAUAACAAAGUGUCCAUUAUGUUCCGGUAAAGGUUAUUUAUGUGAAGUGUGCAGCAAUAAUGAGGUUAUAUAUCCCUUUGAUAGUGGAGCAAUAAUGUGUGAUAGAUGCAACUCGAUGUACCAUCAGGUUUGUUGGCUUCGUAAAGCUCAGAAAUGCUUGAAAUGCGUACGUAUUGAUGAAAGGAAGAAACAUGUAGCAGACGAUGUUGAUGCAAAUUUGGAGUAUGAUAUUGAUAAGUUUGUUCAGUAG